CGCUUCCCAUUUCGAAUCCAGAACAACGAACUCUGGAACAAUAGCUGUCGUUCUUGGUAAAUUUGACGUCUCAAACAAAAAAAGCCAAACCGGACUAGAGAUCACACGCCACAGCGCCUCGUUUUGUUUUCCUUUCCGUUUCGUCGCCCGGCAGCCGGUAUUGCCGUCGGAAAUAAUCGACCGAAUAAUUUUUCACUACGUGCAACAGCAUUCGCGGUGACGUGCAAGCGUUUCUACGACGCUAAAAUGAUGUUCCGGACUGCACUUGUGGCGGCAUUCUUAUGUGGCCUUGGCGUACACCUGGUACAGUCGCACCCCGGAUCGAAAUCGCAGGUUAUCGAACUGGACGAAUCCAACUGGGACCGAAUGCUAACGGACGAGUGGUUGGUGGAGUUCUAUGCACCAUGGUGUCCGGCCUGCAAAAGUCUGGCUCCCAUUUGGGAUGACCUUUCAACGUGGUCGGACGAUUUGAACAUCAAAACUGCGAAGGUGGACGUGACGUCAUCGCCGGGUUUAAGUGGAAGAUUUUUCGUCACAGCGCUACCAACGAUUUUCCACGUAAUAAACGGUGAAUUCCGCCAGUACAAGGGACCACGCGAUAUGAACUCGUUCAUGUCGUUCAUCGAGGAGAAGAAGUGGGAAACGUUGGAGCAGGUAUCGGCCUGGCGCAAUCCUGACUCAAUCCAAAUGUCACUCGUUUCGCUGUUCUUCAAGCUUUCACAUUUCCUGAAAGAGCUAAAUACGAUGCUGCUGAAGGAAUACGGUUUGCCCGUCUGGGGAUCGUACACCCUGUUUGGAAUCGGUACGGUCCUGCUCGGUGCCAUCUUCGGACUGAUACUGGUAUGCAUCAUCGACUGUCUCUUCCCACCCAAAUCUGGCCAGCGGCAAAGCUUCUCCGAGCACAAGCAGAAGGUUCGCGCCGAAAAGGUACCGGAAGAGCUGCGCGGUGACGAACUGGUGGAUGAGGAUGAGGAAAAACGAACCGUCGACGAUGAUGGCGAGUAUGACGAUGAAGAAGAGAAUGCUGAAGCGGACGAAAAGGAAACCUCCGAGGGUGAGAAAUUCUCUGGCAGCGAAGAUUCGGACGAUGAAGAACCUGCGGCGGCCCCUGCGAAAGAGAGCCAGGACACGGAUAAGAAAUCGCAGCCCGAACCGGUCGCCGAAGAGAAGAAGGAAAAGACUACCACCAGUCCAGACGUGCGAAAACGCAAGCCAAGAAAGGCGGACUAAGGCGGGGAAUUGGAACCCUUUUCUGUUUCGAACGCCGUUCGAUGGAUGUGUGCUUGCCUAUGGGAAGGCAAAUUAUUAUGCAAAGUGUUUUUGUUCUAUGUUGCUGACGUCUCUGUGUCAUCACCCUCGGUGGUGUGGUUAGUUAUUUGACGACGAAUGCUUUGAGCGAUAAAACUUUCAGGAUCUGUCCUGCUCAAGCAACUGGCCGACCGUUGGUGGCCAAACUCAUCAACGAAGUGUCCGUGUAAAGAUAUUUUGCAUUUAGUUUUGCAUCAAUACUUUCCAAUACUUUCUACAUUCGUUAGUGUUUUUUUUUUCUUUCUCUACAACUUUUUGCAACUUACUUCCCUUCUUUUUAACAACUUUUUUUGCUUAACAUUGUGUACAUUUAAUAUAGCUGAUUCUACUUACAGUACGAUACGAUGUUCGUGUAUUCCUAUUUGGUAGCCGCGAACUUUUUACGAAAGUCCGUAAGCUACCCUCGAUCACGUUUGAUAUGUUCGCAAACAAAAGCUUCUGUUUGAGAGAUUGCAAAAGGGAAUAAAACGAAAUCUCACACAACAUGCGUGGAUAGGAAGUAUCGUUUCAUAAGGAUAUCAUACUCAAACCAGGUCAAACAAACUAAACCGUUGGGCAUUCUCUGCCCAAACUCACACACACACACAUAUAUGCACGAAUCAGCUUGAUCUCAAGUUUGAUCACUGUUUAAAAAGGACAAAUUUAAUGAUUUUCUUCUACAUGUUUCAUUUGAUUGAGUAACACUUUUAACGUGAUCUGUGAAUACACCCUCUAAUAACUUAGUGUUCGUUAUCCUUGUUCAUCUUGGACUGUGGGGUUCAAAACCGUGAAGCCGCCAGAUCCCAUGGAUGUAAAAGGAGCAUUUGCCGAAGCGUCGAAGCGCACGAAAGAAAUGUAACUUAAAUUCAUCACGAGAUUUUUUUCGAAAUAAAGUCACGAUUUGCUAGUGAUAAGUGGAACCAAAAGAAUAA